AGCGUGGCAGUGUCUUUUCGGUCUCAAGCUAAAUCAAUUUUGUGGGAAUUUUGUGAAUGCUGGGAAGACAGGAGCCGCACAUGAUGAUUGGAAAUCAAAUGCGAUAUCACAAUCUUUGGAGGAACACCCUGUUGCCUGAAGCUUCUUAUCCUCGCCCUGAUCCAAGUCUGCAUCGAUCGCUUGUGGAAAGCAUGAGCACAGACUUCAGCAUGUCACAGACCAGCUCUCCAAACUCAGCGUCAUCAUCUUCAUCCUCGACUGCGUCGAAGAAAUCAAGAAAGAGGACGAGGCUGCUGCCCAACUGCGAUGAUGUCACGAUCUUCCCCAGGAGGAAGGCAGGACAGGACAAGUUAGGAAGCAAUCGGCCACCCAUAGUCAUCACGAGACAGGUGCUAGAGAGUCAUUUCAACAUGCCGCAGCAACAAGUUUGUAAGAAGCUGGGCAUCUGUGCAACCGUGAUCAAGAAAGUUUGUCGACAACUCGGGAUUGAGAAGUGGCCUUUCAAAGGCAACAAGAUCAUCCUGAGGAAGCAAGGGCUUGCUCCUCCGAAGAAGAAUGACAAAGACGUUCCGGCCGAUACACCUGCUAUUCCUUCUCAGCA